GCGCACGCAGCUUGACUGACUCAACAGCAAGGUGGACUUUCUUUGUGUUUAAAGAAGCAAACAAUGUCUCCGUGUCUGUAGAGAUGAUUUGCAGUUCAGCCCGGCUGAAGCUGACCGAAUGAGACUAUGGGCUGUGCCUCUGCCAAGCAUGUUGCCACUGUUCAAAAUGAAGAGGAAGCCCAGAAAGGGAAAAACUACCAGAAUGGAGAUGUGUUUGGCGAUGAGUAUAGGAUCAAACCAGUGGAAGAGGUCAAAUACAUGAAAAAUGGGGCUGAAGAGGAGCAGAAAAUAGCAGCCAGGAACCAAGAAAACUUGGAAAAAAAUGCCAGCUCAAAUGUAAGACUUAAAACUAAUAAAGAGAUUCCUGGAUUAGUUCAUCAAUCCAGAGCAAACAUGCACAUCUCUGAAAGCCAACAAGAAUUCUUCAGAAUGCUGGAUGAAAAAAUCGAGAAGGGUCGGGAUUACUGUUCGGAAGAAGAGGAUAUCACAUAGCACCAAUUCUAUCACUCAGACCAGGAGCUACUACUGUGUAAAUAGGUUACACCCCAGUUGCAAUCUUUGCAAAGGUCGGUUCUCUUCAAUGAACAGCACUAUAGCAACAGAAGAUCGUUCCAUAUCGUAUGCCCCAUUAAAUUACAGUGUUUCAUAAUGAACUUGCAAAGGAAUAUUGCUAAAACAAACAAAAAACUGUUAUAUCGAACUUUCUUUGUUGCUGCUAGUUAAACUUGUUGCAACUUUUCACUUCUCUUGUGUCCAGGUAUGCAGCAAAAUUCUGCAGUUUCACCUUAAAGAUACUAUUGAUUUUACAGAUGCUCUUCAACCUAUUUUCUAUAAGAUGAAGUAGUGGUGAACUCAUAUCAAACUUCUAGGCCAGUCCUGCUUCUAAGUCAAGCAUUUCCUUCCCUCUUUCCUCCAUAUCUCUCCCAAGCCAUCCAGAGACAGCCUGGGCCUUGCUUGUCGCUGGCAAUGUUGAGCUUUGGAAAUGAGGUGGUGGUUUUGGCCAGCCUUGUUCCUCUGCUCUGAAGAAGUAGAAGAGCUAUUACCAGUUAAAAGCAUGGUGUGACCUGACUCCUGGAAGUGACGUAGGAGUGCGCAGCAGGUUGUUCCAUCUAAUAGAUACCUUAACCAAGGAUUAAGCUUGCAACAUUGGCUUUGCUCAGAUGCAGAUGGAAGUGUGAUUGCAAUCAUUUUGAAUCCCUCUUCCUCACUUUUUUUUUCUAAGAAAUAAACAUUUUACUGUUUUUAUGUA